AUGAAGAAAAGAAUCAAGCGAUUGCAAGGGUCAUCAUACGUGAUUUCUCUUGAACCUGAUGAUGUGUUGGGCCAAGGAUCUUUCGGCAAAGUCGUGAGAGCCUAUGAUCUUGAGAAUCGGGAAGAGCAAUUGGUGGCUAAAAUAAUGGAAAUCGGAACUCAGAGUAAAUUGGACUCGUUAUAACACGAACUCACAGUUUUGGAAUAGUUUCAAAGCGAUCAUCAGAACCUUGUUUAAUACAAGAGGAAGAAGUUGUAAUCAACCAAAGCUUGUUAUAUAAUUAUGGAAUAUUGUAAUGGCGGAACUUUGGAGGAUAAAAUGAAAAAUAAAUUUUGGUCAGAGGCUGAAGUUAUGGAUUUCCUAGGCCAAUUUUGUAGUGGAUACCGAGAAUUGUUUCUGUAAAAUAUUAUUCAUAGAGAUUUGAAACCAGCUAACAUUAUGUUACAUGAUCGAUUGUAUAAAAUAACUGACUUUGGUCUGGCGAAAAUAGUGAACACUCUAGUCGAUAAACUCACCAUAUCCUUUAAAGGCACUCCUCUUUAUAUGGCACCAGAAAUGAUUCAAGAAGAAGCAACCGCUGAUCCCAAAAUCGAUAUGUGGGGUCUAGGCAUCAUCUUGUAUAGGAUGCUCUACAAUAAAUACCCAUUUUUGAUUCAAAACAAAAAGUAUGAUAGAGACACUGCUUUCUCAGAUAUCAUCAAUAAUAACUUGAUCAUCCCUCCCACUCCAAAGAGAUCUGACUUUAUGAUUUAUUUGCUUCAGAAAAUGCUCAAAAAAUAAAGUAAAGAUCGAAUAGGGUGGGAAGAAUUAUUCUAAUUGCCCUAAAUAAAAAUUCAAUCCUAAUCUCAGGUCGAUUAAAACAAUUAAAUGAUAUCCUCAUCUUUAUUUAUUUAACAGAUGGUCAUUCAAAAAGUGUCUCUUAUUAAGGUACAACCAUUCAAAGAAAAAAAAGUAUUGUCUUUGGUUUCUUAAAUCUUAACAGAGGAGGACUUAAAAAAAUAAACUGAAGAUCAAGAGAAGGAGUAAAAAAUCAUCUUAAAUGAAAUGAUGUCCAAUCUGAAUCACAAGUUGUAAAUUCAAUUGAAAAUUAACUAAAUUGAGGACAUUCUAUUUUAUUUUCACGAGCAAAUAUUCUUCUUAGACAAAGCUGCAAUGAGAGUCUAUAGAUUAAAUUAAGUUAUUCCAAAUAUUGAUUUUAAUAUCACAUUCAACAUCACAGCUGUUAUCUUAAAUCAAGCAUUAGGAUUAAUUAAAAAAUUACAAAAAUUAUAACAAUUGGAUCCUCAAUAAGUGAAUUUAUAUAAAACAACAGAAAACUAUUAGAUUUUUCAAUCAUUACUCUAAUAAGAUAUAUUAGGCCUGGAAGACUUUUAUAAAGAAGUGAAGAAUAAGGUUGUUACUAAUAUAAAAAAUCCAAUUGAUUAGCUAUUUAACCUAAUUUAAAAUCAAAAACCAAUCAAUUCUAUAAUAUAAGUCUAUAUCACUAUCAAAUACUUAAAGGAUAGCCAGCAUCUAGAUGAGUUAAAUUUUUCUAUUAUGGAAGAUUUUUGGACUUAUUAUGAAAAUGUUGAGAAUACAUCAGAAUAGGAGGCUUCGCAGUAUUUUGAAAAAUAACUCAUUUGA